GUUCUGACUCUAAACUUUUUGGGUUCUCACUGUGAUUUACGUGGCGCCGGUGUUCCUUACCCACUCCGGCUGAAAUCUGAUAGAGCUGUCUUGUCAUUGCUUUGCUACCUCGGGCCCCUGACUCACUCAUUCUUGGACCAAUUGAUCAACUGUCUUUUGGAUUUUGCUUCUGCUUGUGUGACGGAAGCAAUUGUCGAGUUGCCAAUCAUUGUCAACCGUUUUACAACACAGAAACAGCUCUUCUUUCACAAUGGGUGCUUUCCCUCCGCCUCCGGUCAACACCAUUGACUGGUCCAACGUCGGAUUCCGGAUCCGAGAAGUCAACGGCCACAUCGAAUCGACCUACUCGGUGCACACCGGCAAGUGGACGCCGCUCAAAUAUGUCGCCGACCCCUUCAUCCGCAUCCACGGCAUGGCGCCCGCCCUCAACUACGGCCAGCAGGCCUACGAGGGCCUCAAGGCCUUCCGCCUGCCCGGCGACAACGAGAUUGCGCUGUUCCGCCCGGACAAGAACGCCGUGCGCAUGCAGCACUCGGCCGAGGUGGUGUGCAUGCCGCCCGUGCCCGAAGACCUCUUUGUGCAGGCCUGCAAGGCGGCCGUGGCGCUGAAUGCCGGCUUCGUGCCUCCCCACGAGACGGGCGCGGCCAUGUACAUCCGCCCGCAGAUCUACGGCUCCAGCGCGCAGCUGGGCCUGACGGCGCCCGAGGAGUACACCUUUUGCGUCUUUGUCAUCCCCACGGGCGUCUACCACGGCGUGCACCCCGUCAAGGGCCUGAUCCUCGACGACUUUGACCGCGCGGCGCCCAACGGCACCGGCCACGUCAAGGUCGGCGGAAACUACGCGCCGGUGCUGCGCUGGAGCGACAAGGCGCGCACCGAGGGCUACGGCAUCACGCUGCACCUGGACAGCGUCAAGCACGAGGAGAUUGACGAGUUCAGCACCAGCGCCUUCAUCGGCGUGCAGACGGGCCCCGGCGGCGCCGACGACAUCACGCUGGUCGUGCCCGACUCCAAGAGCGUCAUCGACAGCGUCACCUCGGACAGCGUGCUGGCCAUUGCCCGGAGCUUCGGCUGGAAGGUCCAGAAGCGGCCCAUCAAGUACGGCGAGCUGAGCUCCUUUAGCGAGGUCUUUGCCGCUGGAACCGCCGCCGCGCUGGUGCCCAUCCGGAGCAUCACCCGCCGCGGCACAAGCGGCCUCGGCAGCGCAAAGAACGUGACGGCCUCUGGCGGCGAGGAGACGGUGACGUACAUCCCCGAGAGCCAGGAGGAGCCCGGUGCGGUGUGCUUGAAGGUGCUGGCCGAGCUCAAGGGCAUUCAGCAGGGCAAGCGGGAGGACAAGUUUGGAUGGCGGUUUACGAUCAGCGAGGCUGAUACGAAGGGCAUUGCGGGGACGGAGAAUGGCGCGACGGAUGCAGAGACGGUGGAUCAGAUGGAUUAAAAGUGAAAGAAAUGAAAUGAAAAGCUUUUUUAUUGUUCAAAUUAUUUUGCAUACAUGACAGCUUGACAAUGAACAGGAGGUCAAGAGUUUGUGAUGUCUUUAUAUAUACUCAUUUACAG